ACGGCGCCAUCGCGCUAUCUCUAGUGGCAGUGGCACAGUGAAGCGUGCUGUGACGGGGUGCAGGUCAGUGCUCUGUGCCUGAUACGUCUCUGUGGACAUGGCCGAACCUCAGCCUACGAGCAGCGGCCUCACUGACGAGGCCGCAUUGAGUUGCUGCGCCGACGCAGACCCCAGCACCAAGGAUUUUCUGUUGCAGCAGACUAUGCUACGAAUUAAGGAUCCUAAGAAGUCGUUGGAUUUUUAUACUAGAGUUCUUGGAAUGACGCUACUCCAAAAAUUAGAUUUUCCUACUAUGAAAUUUUCUCUCUAUUUCUUGGCUUAUGAGGAUAAAAACGAUAUCCCUAAAAAUAAAAAUGAAAAAAUAGCAUGGGCAUUCUCCAGAAAAGCUACACUUGAAUUGACACACAAUUGGGGAACUGAAGAUGAUGACAACCAGAGUUACCACAAUGGCAACUCAGACCCGCGGGGAUUUGGUCACAUUGGAAUUGCUGUUCCUGAUGUAUAUGGUGCUUGUAAAAGAUUUGAAGAACUGGGAGUCAAGUUUGUGAAGAAACCUGAUGAGGGUAAAAUGAAAGGCCUGGCAUUUAUUCAAGAUCCUGACGGCUACUGGAUUGAAAUUUUGAGUCCUAACACAAUGACUGAAAUGCUCCUUUGAGACGUCAGUGAGGAUGGAAAUAAGAAUAGAAAAACAUGACUCGAGAUGCUCGGAGUACAGCAGCACCGAGGACCGACGGAUCUGUGUUCCAGUUCAGAUCAUUCUUCCGUCCUUUUCCCUUCCCUCUUCAGUUCUGUUUGUUUUUGUUUUUUGUUUUUCCGCCUGCUCACUCAGUCUAGUUUUAAAGUACUGCUUUACUUUGUGACCUUGAAUACAGCUGUGUAACUUUAUUUUUUGGUAAUAAUUAGAACAAGUCCCUUCAGAGGCUGCAUUUGCUGCCUUUUAACUCCGAAAUAUUACCUCUCCUUAAGUCUUGCUUUGAAUCAUCUUUUUUAAAAAAAAAAAUUAACGUUUUUGUGGUGGCUAUCUUCUGGGGUUUGAGUUCCUCAGAAAUAGCUUUUCAGGGUGGAAAGUAAGGAACACUGAACAAAAAUGAAGCUUCACAUAUACUUCAAACAGUAUGAAGUGUUUAUUUUAUAAAAGAGAAGGUACUCUUGAGAACCGUUCAGAAUCACACUGACAAGAAGACUGAUAGAAAACUAAUUUUUUAAUUUAUAAAAUACUUUUAAAGUUCAAGGACUAAUUUCGUUUAUUCGGGAAGGAGGAGGAAAAGGGUAGAAAAUUUCUGGAUACUCAGACUGUUUCUCUGAGUGGGAAUACUUUACUCAUUUAAUAGCAUACUGUUUCUCAUUUAAUAGCAUACUGUUUCUCAUUUAAUAGUCCAGCUACCCUAUGAAAAAGAAAGCGGGCUAGCCGCGGAACUAACUUGAGGCAAGAUCUCAUCUUAGUGUUUAGCAUAUACCUCAAAAUUAAACCUUACUACACCUCCAGCACUGGUUUCCUAUUGUGAAAACCUGCAGUGAAUUCACUGGUUGUGGUCUUUGCUCUUGGACCUGUGGCUCCAUUGAAGGAAGAAAUAUAAUUUUAACCCAAGUUUGCUCGAGGGACACCCCCUUAUUCCUGCACAGGUGAUGCUGUUACUUAGAGGAAUCCUCUUUACCCAAGGUCUCAAUCAUGCCAGGAAGCAUAGUCACUGAUAAUGUAAUGUAGUUUUAGAAAUCAGCUUAGUUAACUUGCCUGUGACAAUUGACAUUUGGUGAGUUUCAACAAAUCAGAAUGAGUUUGAAGAUUUCUUAUGGCUAGAAAAUAAAAAUGGCACCAAACUCUAUGUAGAACACCUAAAUCACCUGUCAUGGUUGUUACAUUGUGUCAACUUGAACAGUUUAGCAGUUUAAGAGACUCAGCACAGAGCCAGGGUUCUUUCUUUGUAAGCAUCCUUAUCCUAUGCAGAGGAGGGCAAGGAGAUUUUGUGAGUGCUAAACCUGCCCCAAAGGCUGGGUGGUGACCUGUGUACCAUAUAAAGGAAUAAAAGAGACUGCUCUGCCCUCUUUCGCUCUGGCUGCUUUUGCUGGCUGCUGUCCUGAAGUGUUGUGCUGGUGCCAUGCUAGCCUGCCUGGUGCCAGCUGACUGUGAACUGAAACCUACACAACUGUAAGCUAAAUAAACCUUCCUUAAUUUGGG